AUGGCUGUCAAAGAAGAAAGCUCUCAUUGGCAGUUGCACGAUUUGUUGAGUUCUCCGAAGCAACAUAUUAUUUACUACCCGAGUUCGCAUGACAUAAUUUGCCUCAAUACUAAAUCUCGCGAGCGAGAGCUUCUUACGACUUUAAACUACGAGCCGCGAUGUUUGACAGCUGCGAAGGAUUGGGUAUGCGCUGGGGGAGAUAGAGGAAAUUUCACAAGCUUUUAUGUAGGAGAAGGAGAAAGACCCGGCAAGACCGAUUCGCAUCUGGAAUUGAGUGCUAAUGCCGAUGCUCGUUUACCUCUCGUCCUCCAACCAUCUGCGAUAGCACCACAAAGAGAAUCUCCCGAAGAUUCUCAAAGAUCUAGUCCUGAUGCCACCACUCCGCAUGUAUCGAAAAAAGUCGGUUCUGACGUUGUAAACUGUAUAACAAUUUGGUUCCCAUCGGAAUCAUCUUUAUCUCAGGGAUACACGGACCCUGUGGCUGUUGCUGCACUCAACGACAGUACCGUUGCUAUAUUGAGUUUGCAUGACUCCGAGAUAUUAGAAACUCUUACUUAUCCAGAUUAUGUAAAUCGUGCUGUGAUAUCUCCGCAGGGAGACCUGCUCGUCGCAAUCUGCGACGAUCCGUUUCUUUAUAUCCACAAAAGACAGAUGAAACAAGUCUCAAGGCCUCGUUUUAGUUCACUUGUCAAUGAGUAUGAAUGGGUAUUUUCUGGCAGGAUCCAGCUCGAAGGGCAACGACCAGCGGACAAAAGCGCCAUGAGAGGUUCAUUUGCAGCAUGCUUUUCUAACUCAGGCAGAUAUCUUGCUGUAGCCACUCAAUAUGGUGUUAUAUCAGUUUUUUUGACUGAACUCCUCACGAAUGAUGACGUUGAUCCAUUAGUAGUUAGUUUCACCUCAUCGCGACCUAAAGUCGAAUCUGGAGCUGUCAGAGCCAUGGAAUUUUCGCCAAAUCCUUUCGAUCUCCUUGCUUGGACUGAAGCCAAUGGACGUAUUGGGGUAGCAGAUCUCCGGGAUAUGUUUAUUUCAAGGCAAAUAAUUGAUAUCGAUUCUCGCGGGGAUGGCGUUGAACGAGUUUGGGUAACCGAGUGCUCAAAUGACUUUCCUUCAAGAGAGGCUAGGAUAGAUGCAAGGUUUCGCGCUUUUCGUACUUUUCGUACUGAGUCACCCUCUGACGCUUCUGCAAGCGCGAUACCAGAUUAUCUGGGCCUGGAUUUCGACCGACAGCGACUAAGGAGUCUAACCCGCGAUUUGACAGAUAGACACCAGCUUCCGCCAACGGCUGAUGAGAUGGAAAUAUUACAGGCACAUCGAAUGGCUCGCCAACUAAGGGAUGCUGCACGUGAGGCCCAAGCACAAGGAAGCAGCUCCAGAUGGGGCACCUUGGAUGGAGAAAGAUCGGCGGACACAUCUGUAACAUCUCACGAAGGUUCCGGUACCGCAGAACGCCGCAUAUCUACGACCGGUCUGCCAAGUGCUUUGCGAGAAUUUGUAAAUUCUGACCGCACCCCAGCUUCAUUCCGAGCGUUCAUUGAUAGGCAGAAUCAGGACCGAGAAAGGCGCGCAGGACAGAACGACGAAACUAGGCAGCAAAUAUCAUCGGUAAUAGAUGGUAUCGCAGUGGAGGGCGAGCUUAACAGAAGUGUAGGGACAAGCGCAGAUACCUUUUCUGGCCUGGAGCGUCUGUCGCUCGCCCCUCGUCUUCCCACCAUAGGUUAUGAAACAGCCCCUAACGCUUGGGCUGAACUUGAAGAAAUGUAUCGGACACGAUUCCCUCGAGAUCCUCAAUCUACACUUCAAGCUGAAGGUGCGGAUGAAGAAAGUAGAGCCUUCGCUCAAAGAUCAAGACAGCCCUGGCGUCCCUUAGAUGCACUCACUCGACUUAGUCUCGAUGCGAGGACCGAUAGUAAUCUAUUGAGACGAGAGCGAGAGGGUAGAAGAGAACCAGUCGACACUAUGGGACUUGCCUGGAGCGAGGAUAGUAGGCUACUAUAUGUUGGUGCUGGAGAUGGUAUUCAUGAAUAUCAGGUGAAUGUGGCUGGACGGAAAAUCUUCCCCCACCGUGUGUUACAAUAA